GUUUUCAAUUAACUAGUUGUAUAAUUAGAUUUAGAGCAUACUAAUUUUAACUCAUAAAUAAAUACAUGCAUUAUCUUGAGAAAAAUGUAAACUAAAGAAACUUGGUCAGGGGCAGCAAAGAAAAUAAAGCAAAAUUGGUGAUGGCAGCAGUGGGAUUUCACAAGCUAUCUCAAAAGCUACAAAAGGAAGUGUUCUUGAAAUGCCUUUUUGUUGGAGAGAGGCAGAGGCAGAGAAAGAGAUGACCGAGUGAGUUGUGGAAAUCAAGCCGACUCCCACUGCAUAUACUACGUCUACUACCUUCCAUUCCUUCCUUGAUUCCUUACUUCUUGUCAUUCGAAAAUCGCCAUUUUUCUGGUAAGCGCGAAAACGAAAAGCUCUGAUCAUUAAUUUUGCUUUAGUUACCUAUUUCCUGGAUUUUUACCGUUCAACGGUGCCGUCUGUUUCCCGAAAAACUCCGAUGCUUGUUAGAAUCUGGGCACAUCCCAAAUCCCAAUUACCUGUUCUGUAAUUCUCAACCAGCCCGAGUUAAUGAUCACUAGCCGAAUGUUUUAAAGUUUGAUUAUUUCUUGAGUUUAAGCUGCGGAGAGCUGUUAUCUCUGUUUCUGUUUCUGUGGGUAUUUCAGUAGACUCCUUGCUGUAUGGUUGCUGGGAAAAUUGGAGGGGAAAAUAAAUGUAAAUAAGGGAAUUACCGGUUUCCAGCGGCUGUAUUCUUCUUACCGUGAGUUGAUCGAAUUUUGAAUGAAGAGAGUUAGGUAUUGUUCAAUUAAUUAGUUGUUUUGUGUCUGUCAUCAUCAUUAAUCAAAGUCGAUAUUGCCAUUUUUCUAUGUGUUCCUUUUCCUUCCCUUCUUUUGUUGGGUUAUUCUUUCAGUGUCGCUAUCACUGCAAUUCAACUAUGCAAAUAAUUUAUUCCAGGGAGCGGUCUCGGAACUUGAUAGCAAUUACUGUUGAUUUGGCCACUUACUUCAAUAUCGAAUUACAGUAGCUGGGAAUAUUAUGUUCUAGUUGUUGGUUUUCAACUUCUUACUUUCCCAAAAUAAAAUUAAACUUCACCUGACAUUAUUUAUUAGUUCGCAAUUGCAAAUGACUAUGGUUUUCUUAUCCUUUCUGGAAACCUAUUAGGCACUGGGAUCUCACAAGUUGUCCAGCUUCUGCUCUGUAGUAAAACGAUGGAGUCUUGGAGUUAUGCUUCAGAUGGAAGAACCCAUUUCUUCACUGAUGAGGUAGAUUUCCCUGUUGACAUGUUCUCGAGAAGUCGAACAGAGAUGGGAGAAUGGGACAGGGAAUCAAUUGAUAGCCUGGACUUUGUUGAUUUGGGUUUCCAGGAUGUGUUAAAAAGUCCUUGUUCUUAUGGCAAUGACAACAACCCUGUUUUAGGGAUAUUUGGUAGUAGUGAUUUGGGUUUUAAUUCGCACAUCUUGGUAGCUACGAAUUCCUCAUUGGAGUCUGGAUCGAACCAUUCUAGUUUCCCUGUAGAAUCCAGCAGUCAAGGCUCAUCAUCACUUAACAAUUUGAAGCUAGGGAGUUUGGCUGACUGCAUGGGUGCACAGAACAGUGAGUUUUGCCAUAAGAGAGUACUGCUACAUUCUGUGGAACAUGCUACUCCGGUGAAGAGAGCUCGAAUCGUGAUUCCAUACUGUCAGGUCUAUGGUUGUAAUAAGGACCUUAGCUCCUUGAAGGAUUACCACAAGAGGCAUAAAGUGUGUGAGGUCCACACUAAGACUCCUAAGGUCAUUGUUAAUGGGAUUGAACAGAGGUUUUGCCAGCAGUGCAGCAGGUUCCAUUUGCUUUGUGAAUUUGAUAAUGGCAAGCGUAGCUGUCGAAAACGCCUAGCAGGCCACAAUGAAAGGAGAAGGAAGCCUCAGUUCAGUGGCUUGUCCAGCAAUGCCUACAAAUCACUGCACCGAUAUCAAGGCAGUAUAUUUCUCGACACUCCUCUGCCAAAGAGAACCUCAUUCCUUUUCCCAGAUAUGCUCCCACGUGGUCCUCACUUUCCAGAAGCUAACUGGUACAGCCAUGUUUCUUCGUUUGAGGAAAAGCCAAGUUUGAAUCCUCAAUCAGCGUUUCCAGUGACUAAUGACCAAUGGCUGGCAAGUCAACCAGUUUACUCAGUCUCAUCUUUCACACACGAGCUAGCUGGGCUAUCAUCCCAAUCUAGCCGUGCUCUCUCUCUUCUGUCAGACGAAGCACAAUACCCUAAGGGCAUAUCCUCUAGUGGGUCGAGUCACUCGUACCAGAGUUUAGGUAUGUGUGGUAAAUGUAAGUGCUGCUCGCCUCGAAUGAACUCUGUCAUCCAAGUCACUACUGAUCAUGCUGCUACCGAGCUUCGUGUGAAACCAGCUGUUUCGAAUUCCAAGAACCGUGGCUCUCCUGAUAACGAACAUACAGUGGACUUGCUUCAGCUGUCAUCACACCUUCAACGUGUGGAACAACAGAGGACCAUCGUACAAAUGAAGAACGAGAAUGAGGAUUUGUUUGGUUUCUUCACAACUGAUGGUCUAAGAGUAUGAAAAAAGAAGAUCGGUCCAGGUAUUGCAGAAGCACCCUUUCAAAAACCAGCAGUGUAGAUGAAAUUACUAAAGAAGAAUUGCUUCUUCUUUUGUUGCUCUUUUUGUCUGUAAACUUAUGUUUCACAUCGGUUGUGCAGGAUCGAAGCAAUAGUUGACAGUUAGGCACACUGUCGACUCGAUUCCUCGUUCGAAUGAAUGAAAACACUGUAGAGCCUCCAGUUGUUAUCAUUUGGCAAUGUACAUGGGAAAAAAGAAGCCAGAUUGUGGUGGUGUUGUCGCUGUAAGAUACUCUUGAAAUUUGAUUCUCUUUUUCAAGCUGUACUUUGAGAACCAUGUUCCUAGUUCAUUGGUUCCUUUUUCAUGCCUGAGCCUUUCAGUCAUCGAAGGGGCGAGUUUGGAAGGGACAAGCUUUGAGUUUUCAAAGAAAAGAAGGGAGUGAGAGAGAGAGAGAGAGAGCAUUGUCUAUGUUUGUAAAGCUACUACUUUUCUUGUAUAGAAUCUUUGAUGAAGCAGCAGCAGGCUCCCUUUGAUUGUUUUGCUUGAUUGCUUUCUGUAUAAAGAGUGUUUGGCAUGCAUUUCCACCACCAUAAUAAACAAAACUUCCCAAGGUUCCAGGAAUGAUAUGAAAUGAAUGAGUGCAUAAUUG